AGUGCACGUUUAAGCAUAACCUGGAAACACGGCGUCAGGAUUUAGCAUUUUACUCUGAUCGUUUUAAAUCAUCACAAAAUUAUAGCAGGAUUUAAACGGUGUCAAUCCGCCAUUUUCAGUAUAUUUGUAGCUGUUAGUUGACCGACAUUAGAGCUCUAAUUCUUAGCAAACAUGUUAGCACAAAGUCAGUUUACUCUCAUGGGACACGAACAGAACGAGCCAAAAAGUCACAUAAAGUCUGGAAACCAAACCGCUUGAACACUCCUUCCGAGCCAGUUCACAUGGAUGCAGAAGAGUAGCCUGUGAGAUUUUGCCAUUCCUACGCUGCAAAAACUGAAAUCUAACUCCCUUGCUGUGAGUGAACCCUGUCUUGUUCUUGGAGGUUGCACACACCAUGCAAAAAAAUGACCUGUUUGGGGAUGACACGGAGCAGGACAGCGUGCCCUACGGUGUGACAGUUACCCCCGAAACGGGGCCUGUUGCCUGCAUGGAGCCCUUCCUGGUGCGGAGGCUGUCUCAUCGCACGGUGCAGCUUCCCCCUCUGGCUUUCAGACUGGCCGAGCAGGCGUACUACGAACGCAAAGCCGAGGCCGACACGGUGACCGUCCCGUCCCGGCCCAAUACUUUGCCACUUCACACGCCACCCCUCAUUGCCAUCACCUCGGCUGACACGAGCAGACAAUUUUGUGAGCGGCAUUGUUCGCAAUGUGUCACCAACAACUACUCGUCAUUCCCCAAUGAAUCAUUCGCUCAAGCAGCCGGCGUGUAAAGGUGUCAGGCGCAGA